AUGGAUCCAAAGUCGCUUCGCACAUCGGGCGAUUUUUCAGAUAUAACCAUUUCCGUCAAUGGUGUUGCGUUCCAUCUUCACAAGUUUCCUCUAAUAACUAAGUCUGAAUAUUUUAAAAAUGCCGUGGAAAAUACUUCUUUCAUCGAAAUUGAUUCACUCGAUGGUGGUGCGUCAACAUUCGAAAAGGUUGCAGACUUUUGUUACGGAAAAGAAUUUGAUAUAACUUCAUCAAACGUCGUAUAUCUUAAUUCGGCCGCCAAAGUUCUCAGUAUGACGGGCCGUAAUGGCUUGAUUGAAAGGACUGAAAAAUACUUGGAUCGCGUUUUCCGAGAGGCGAAAUCUUAUAACAAGAUUAUACCAGCAAUUGUCAUUUUAGCGUAUGCGAGUUACUUAAAAAACUUUGAAGAAAACGACGUAUUUGUGACAGCGUAUAACACUGUAAUGGAAUUGUGGCUACGGCCUGUCCAGUCGCAAAUUUUCGGUGCCAGGUCCAGCAGUCCACUCCUUAACGGAGCCCGCCAUAAUUUGCUUUAUGACCCUCAAAUAACGAGAUAUCUUAGCUUUGUUCCAGACAAACUGCUUCUGAAAAUACUCCGGGAAAAUUAUAAUACGGCUCCCAGUUAUGCUGCAAUCGCUACUAUUGUUGCCUUAAACCUUCAGCGAAAGUUUCAACGUUUAUUACAUAGGAAAACUCCAAACCAUCAAUCACACUCAUUUGAACAACAAACAUCAACAUUAGAAGGAUUUGGAAAACACCCAUUUCCCGAUCCGACUGUAAAAAACUCCCAUUCCUCCAUUGAUGAAGGAAACGAGUCAGGGUCGCCUGAGAAAUCCAACUCCUCAGUAGAAACUGACGAGCUCCAAAUGCUUCUCAAGGAUAUCGACUUUGUUGGUGAGAAAGAAGCUCUCGUCACUUCAAUGGAUGCAAUUUUGUCCGCGCUUCCACAAGAAGCACCAUUAAAAUUUACAGUAUCAGUGAAUUGGUGCAAAGAGGCCCUACAACUGACAGAUUCCUGCAGAAAAGGUGGGCGGUGUCGAACUAGGAUUCUAGAAAUCACGGCGUCCUUGCUGGAAUGUUUUACCGUCGAAGAUUUCCUCACUCUCAGUCCGUGCACAAUAAUCGAAAUAUUUGAUGCUCAAAAAGCCGGAAAAUUAAUCGACAGCGUUUUGAGACAAGCCAAUUCUGACCCAAGUUACCGGCAGCGCGAGGAUGAAUUAGAAAAUGGUGACAUCGAAAACGAGGUCCAAUUCACGAGUCCCGAACCCGAUAUGAUUCGCUUCUCCCCUUCACUGGCAAACGCCGUUGACAAAUACCUUGAAACAGCUGUCAGAAACGGCGAUCUCACUCUGGACUUGUAUCUUCGGAUCCUUAGACCAACGCUUGCUAAUGACCCCCGAACUUCUCAUGGUGGCAUUGUACACACCCUCACCGAGCUCCUACAUUGUGUAUCCUCAAGGGUCGAAUAG